CCCAACUCACAACACACCUCCACAUCUACAGUGUGUGCGCAGUCCGUUACUUUAUGUGAAGUUUUUUUUCUCGCUUUAGUCUGUUUUCAUGCUGUUUCUGUGUUUGGCUCGGCUUCCUGGACGAAAAGCACAUGGUUGUUGUGGUGCCGGUGUUUUGAAUCUCGGACUGCAACAGCCGCGGAUCAGUGAGGCGGAGAGAAGAUCACUGUCACCAAGUCUCAGUCUCAAUGACCGUGGAAACGAUGCUGCAGAUACUCGCAUUAGCUGCUCUGAUUUGGAAAGGUCAAGCAGCUCCGGUACAAACACAGCACACUGUGAUGGCAGCAGUUGGAGAAGAAGCCUGUCUGACGUGUCAGCUGACUCAACCUAAAGAAGUUCUUCAAGUCACCUGGCAGAAACUUUCACCUGAGGGAGAGAAGACUGUUGCAACAUCCACCAAAUACUUUGGUCACAAAGUGAAUCGUGGCUUCAGAGAUAAAGUGGAGUUUAAAGAUGCUGGACUGCAGAACAGCUCCAUAGUUAUCAGGAAUGUGACGGAGCAGGAUGAAAGCUGCUAUCAAUGUUCGUUCUACUCCAACCCUGAAGGUGCUCUCAUUGGUACAACCUGCCUCAAAGUCUACGAGCUGCAUGAACCCGUCCUACAUGUAGAGUCAAACUCUGCUGAAGAGGCAGUUGUGUCCUGCUCGGCCACAGGUCGACCUGCUCCCACAGUAACAUUAAGAGUCCUGCAACAAGACCUCCACCUGUCAAACUACAGCUCUGUCAGUGUCACCAACACCAACAGUACAGUCACUGUCACCUCUACAGCUGUGCUGUCUGGUUUCCAUGAUGACCGCACACAGGUUGGAUGUGCAGUACGAGUGCUCUCUGGUCCUCAGAAAGAGGUGUUGAUGAUGAUUCCUGAGGUCAAACAGUCGUCUGCUGAUGGUUUUGAUGAGAAAUCUGGAUCUAAUAACCGUGAUCACAGUACAAUAUUGAUCAGUGUAUCGUUGGUGGUGUUAGUCUGUGGUAUUCUUACAUUGGUCUUUCUCCGACGUAAACGAAGAAAUCAAAUCAGUCUGUCACACAGGAACGUUAAGAUGAACGAGAUGGUUCAAGCUACAGUCAAAGACACAGAAGAGACUGGAGCAUCUUCAGAUACACAGGACAAAGUUCAGAUCAGGCGACGGACAUUUUCAGAGAAGAGUCAGGCAAGUAACGACUCAAAUCCAUCACCGUCAUCAUCAAAGACACGAUGGAUGGAUCAGCAGUUUAAUGUGUAACUGUGUGAGGAGGUGAUGCAGGAGAGAGUCAAGGUCAUCUAAAGACCUCUCUCUGUCUGUCUCUUUCAGGGUUAUGCCAUAUGUAUUACUAAGGCGUGGUAUUGGUUGCAGAUGUCGUCACAUCUCCCUCCACUCAGACUCUCUGGUUUCUGCCCGUUAAAACAAAGUUUUUCCUCGCCACCGUCACCAAGUGCUUGCUCAUGGUGGAACUGUUGGGUCUCUCUAAAUAAUAUUAUAAAGAGUACGGUCUAGACCUGCUCUGUAUGGAAAGUGUCAUGAGAUAACGGAAGUUAUGAUAUGCUAGAUAUAGAAAUAAAACUGAAUUGAAAAUAUCUGGUCAAUGUGAAAGAAUUUAAAGUUUUUACUGUGAACACUCAAUUAUUUAUCUCAUUGUUUGAUAAAAUUAUUGUGAUAAGACAGUUAUGGCAGCUCCUUGAGAUAAAAAAUGUUUGUUUUUUUAUUUGUGUCAUUUAAUGUGAUAAAUUGCCAAAGAUGCACUGACAGGGAAAUUAAAUUAAUACUGUGUAAUUAUUGUUUUGUUGAAACAAGUUUUGCUAUAAAGGUUUCUAAACAUA